UUCAGGUCAAUAGCUCGAAUCUAUUUCGAGAACGAUGGACGAUGACAAUCGAACACGACUCCGUUUAGAAGGUCGUGACGGUACAAAGCGACGCUAGCAUACGAGGGCGGCUAGGUAUGCUGAAGAUCACUCGACUUUUCCCAAAAAGUCAGUCGCAGACUGGUGCCUUCUAGGACAAGUCGCCCGAUCCAAAACUGCAGAGAGAUCAUCUGACACGACUCAAUGAUCAGCCACGCCGAUUGUCUGGCCAAGGAAAGAACUGGUUCGAACUCGGCAGCGGCAUCCCGUCUUUCGACAUGUGUUGUGCAUUUGGAUCAUUGAGAUAAUCAGAGACUGUCGCCACUUGAAGAUCCGUCAGAUUUCGUGGAGAGUUGUCAAAGAAGGUACUGACUUGUCUUCUUGGCUCUCUGGAAGGCUUUAAAACACAGUGUGCAGCCAAAUGGACUCAUAUCAACAUGUCCGCUCCCCAGAUCUCCCAUCCGGGCCUCGGUCCCAAGGUCCUCGCCUUUGGCUACUCGCGCACAGGCACUUCUUGUGAGACAGUGGCACUAAAGCACUGACCCAUCGAACUCACAACAUUUCAGCAAUGAGACUCGCUUUGGAGGAGCUCGGAUACAAGCCCACCUACCACGGAUUCGACAUCUUCGAGCCCGAACCAGUGGUCGACCUCUGGAUUCGCGCGAUUGUGGCCAAAUACUGGGGGAUCGGCCAGCCGCUCAGCACCGAAGAAUGGCGCGCUUUUCUGAAGCCGUACCAAGUAUGCCAUCCGCUCGUCUCAACGAACUAAGACCUCAUAUAAAACCUUUCCAGGGUGUCACAGACAUGCCGCACUACCUGUUCGUCGAGGAGCUGCUGGCUGCCUUUCCCGAUGCGAUUGUUCCAGUGACCCACCGCGAUACCGAAUCCUGGUGGGCCUCGUUCUGCAACACCAUUCGGCCGAUGCUCUGUCCGGUAACGCUCACCCCCGCCGCAUCGGAUCCCCAGGACUCACCCGCCGGCCGUCGCCUCCGACUCGGGGUGAUCAUCUUCAGCGCGUUUUUCGGUGUGGCGCCGGAUGCCGCGACGCCCGAAAGCUUCACGAAGGAACUGGGCGUCGCAGCCUACGAAGCGCACUACGAGCAUCUUCGCGCUGUCGUUCCGAAGGAUAGACUCAUGGAAUUUCACAUAGCCGAAGGAUGGGCACCCUUGUGCGCGUUCUUGGGGAAGGACGUCCCGGUUGUUCCGUUUCCGAGAGUCAACGAUGCGGAGCAAUUCAGGGCCGUGAUGCCUACGAUCGUCGGGACUGGCAAUCGGGGAACAAAGCAUUAGCACAGUUUUCUUGUAGAUAGACUUGGCCGCCGAGGUUGCGAAAAUCCAGAACCCAUUCAUCACGGACGGAGUAACGUUAUUAGGGAGUUAGUGCGGUAUUAGUGACCUCCGAUGCGGCACGCCAUUGGGAGCCGGGAGGUGUCGCCAGACACGAAUCCGCAAGAGAGCACACUUGCUCAAAACUUUCGGCUUUGUCGCCGAUAUGCUAUGCAACUCAUUCAGUCAAUGUCGGAUGGCUUGAACACAUGCGUCUAGGUCGUCUGGGCCUUCUCUAGCCGUAACACAUGCUCAGAUUCAAGCUGUACCGAUCGUUUCGUGGAGCUGCGUCGUCGAGAGAUCGGUCCCGUAUAGGCCCUACUUCUGAUAAGAGCAUCCUCAGACAGAAGGGGCUCUAUAAAAUAGCGACCAAGGCACUCGCACCUUUGAAUCCUGCUGCUCACCAUGGCUGCUCCCCCAAAUCCUACUCGAGGCACGGUUAAGGUCCUCGGAUUUGGACUUUCGCGGACCGGAACUUAUUCGACGAAAUUCGCACUAGAGGAACUCGGAUACGCCCCAACUAACCACGGCUUUGAGGUAUUCGACGAAGCGGCCGUGGUCGAUCAGUGGGUCAGUGCAAUCGAGGCCAAGUUCUUCGGAAUCGGAAAGCCGUUUGAGGCAGAAGACUGGCGCCGCUUUCUGAGCAGCUUCCAGGGAGUCACAGACAUGCCCCAUUUCAACUUCGUCGACGAGCUCCUCGAGGCUUUUCCCGACGCGGUCGUUGUCGCAACCUACCGCGACCCGGAGGACUGGUGGAAAUCCUUCGCAGCAACCAUCCACCAGAUGUUCCAUCCCGUGACCAACUCAUCUCCGGGCUCUUCCGCCCACGAUUCACUCCAGCUUCGACGCCACCGCGUCGGGGCGCUGACCUUCAGCGCAUUCUUCGCGGUUCCGCCGCAAGACAUGAAACCGGAGAACAUCCCCAAGGAGAUGGCCAUCGCAGCAUACGAGGCGCACUACGAGCACCUGCGCGCCGUGGUUCCGAAGGAUCGGCUGCUGGAGUUCAGCGUCAAGGACGGGUGGGUGCCGCUGUGUGAGUUUUUGGGUAAGCCCGUGCCGGAGACGCCGUUUCCACGAGGGAACGAGCCGGGGCAUUUCCUUGCAGUCUUUCCAGGGAUCAUACGGAACGGACGGCAAGGACAUUAACAUUAUCUUGGAGUUCCGCGGGCUUUGAGUGGGAAGUUCGCGAUAGUAGAUCAAUGUAAGCGAUAGGAAGAAAUUAGUGGGACAACUUCAACGAGUAGUGAAA